AUGUCACAAGGCAAGAAAUUUGCCGCUUUGGCUUCCGUUUUUUUCACCUCAGCCAAGCAAGACAAUCCGGAGGCAGCCAAGCAAGCACUUUCACCACAGCAACGGGAUGUCUACCACAUUUAUCGAACUAUGCUUAGUGUGGGAAUAUCGCCUACUCGUGUUAAACUAUUGAUGCUACUUUCACGUAUACCAAUAGAGGUGAUACAUGCGGUGAUGGUUCAACCUACGGAUACAAACCGGAAAGUUCAAUCAAGGAAGCACCACGAGAUGGAGCAUGAGCUGGAUGCAAUGGCGGCAUUGAUGGUCAAACGAGAGCAAUGGGACGAGGCCUAUCGACUGUAUCGACAGAUUCUUACACUGAAGCGCGAGUCGCAUCACCGUAUGAGUACAAUUAGCAAGUCCAAAGACCAUGUUUCGAUUCAUUCUACGUACAAUCAUUUGAUCUUUGUAUUGUUGAAUGAACAUGUCGGAAGCGAUAUUCCAAAUAGAUUUGAAAAGGCCAUGGAGCUCUAUCAAGAAAAGCUGGAUUCCGAUUGGGACAGUUUUUCAUCGAUAGACUAUCGGGGGUCCGGCUCCUGGGAGUCCUGUCAGCUCCUGAAUUCUGUUUUACUUGAUGGAAGACGCAACGAUGCUUUGUUAUGGUAUCAGCAAUUGGCGGAAACCAGAGAAACGAAUGGCGAUGACGCCAAUUUAAUCGCAACCAUUUACCACAGAAUGGCACUAUUGUUAGACAGAGCGACGGAUUCACCUGAAAUUCCGAUGGCAUUAGAGCUGUUUGAAAAAGCACUGCAGCUAUAUUUGCAGAAUCCAAGGGAUAACUUGGACAAGAUCGAAGUCACCUGCAGCAAGUUAUUGAAUCAACGAAACCGACAAUCGGAUGGUUUGUUGGGACUGGAAAAUGAUCAAAAGAUCUUGGAUCUCUACCACCGAUUGGUAGACGUCUACACAGAAGUCUGUGGCGAAAGUGAUGUGAUGGUGGCAGAAACGUACAUAAAAAUUGCACAGUUCUUGGAGUGGCGGGGCCGAUUGGAAGAGUGUAUCGAAAUUUACCAAAACCUUGCUGAGGUGCAGAGACGGACCCUUGGAGACAAAGACAUUGCUCUUGGCACAACGUACAUUCGAAUUGCAUGGCUUUUCAGACGUCAAAACAACUUGGAGGAGACCCGAAGGCUGUAUGUUAUGAUAUUGAAUAUUUACCAUUACCACUACGCAAAGGCAGAUGCCAGCGUUGUUGCUCGAGCUUAUGUCUACAUGGUUGACCUUCUCCUUGAGUUAGGUCACGUGGACGAAGUAAUUGAUUUGUGCGAGCGAUGGCUCCGUACUUGCGAGGACCGGAUCUUUGAAAGCGAUGCAUCCACAAGCUCAAACAGCAGCAGCAACAACGAGUACAGCAACAAGUUGGCCCACAGAACCCAUACCUCUCUUGUCAAUAAGCUGAUAAAAGGGGGUAAGAAAGAUGAAGCCAUGGGCGUUUGUCAACGAUUCUUGGACAUGUAUAAGGCAGUCUUUGGCGAAAAGCCUCAUCCACUAGUCGUCCAUGGGCGACAAUGUACAGCGAAAGUGCUACGGGAACAAGGAAAAGAAGCAGAGGCGGUCGAAAUGGAGCGGUUAGCCAAUGGAACUACCAUUGCUUUGAUUGUUCAGAAGACAUACUUAAUUAAUAAAGGAGGAGAAGACGCUGUUGCAUCGAUUUUGAAGCAGACCAGCCAAAAUGCAAGCCAAAAGCCGGCCCUCCGAAGUGAGACGAAGGAGUUUCUAAGCACACUACAAGGGUACCUUGACUGCCGAAGUAAAAUGGAUGCCAAGUACCGUGAGAUUGACGAGUUUCAGGUGAUUGCAAAGUUUGAAUUGAAGACCGACUCGAAUGGCAUUAUAGUACCAGUCGCAAGUAGGAAAAAUAGACCCUUAUUCAAGCAGAAGUACCAACAGCAAACAGUGAAUGGACAGCCUGUUAGAACUCUGAAUGAUUUGUAUGCUGCUGCUGAGAUUGCAUUGCCUGUCUUUCAAGAGACGAUACAGAAAAUUGUGUGCCUCGUCCGUAAACGAUCGGACAUUUCUGAAGGCGAUAUCAUUAUCAAGUUUGCAAAGCUAAAAGGCAGAGAUCGAUCAAGUAAUAAGGCAGAAGACGACUACUCAAAUCGAGAUCCCGGACCAGGCAUUUCAUGGCUGUUUGAUAUUGUCCGAGGAAGUAUUGAGUUCACAUCGGCGGCACAAGUGAGAGCAUGUCUCGAGGUUAUUCAAAACGAUGAUUCCAUCCACAUUGUCAAAGCUAAAAAUCGAUUUCAAGAACCGACUCUUUCGGGAUACCGCGAUUUGAAUAUUCAAGUUCGCAUCGACACCCAGCAAGGAUUCUUUCACAUUUGUGAAGUGCAACUUCAUCAUCAAGCAAUUCUCUUCUUGGACAAGCAACUGAAGUCUCACUCGUACUACGAGUACUUUAGAAAAUAUUUCGCCGGCUCAAUAGGAAGUCUCCAAAGCCGUCUCGAGGACUUGAGACGGAUCAGUGAAGGGGGAGUCAUAGAUAAUUCUUUCUUGAUUCGAUUGGUGGAAACUAGUGACGACGAAGAGCGAUUGGAACGACUUGGAUCCUUGUUCUGGCAUCAGCUGUGCGAAUACAAUUGGGCCCUUCGAGUUUACAGGAGGAUGCUAGACAUUCAGCUCGAGGUUUCUGGAGCGACAGAUUCCUCAGCUAAAACAUACCUAAAGAUAGCAAUGCUGUUGACAGAAAAAGGGAAUCUGGAUGAAGCAUGGGAAUUGUGCAAAGCUUGCCUACAACUUCGAAGGCAUAUUGAUGGGGAAGAAAAUGCAGCAUUUGCUGAAGUAUACAUUCAAAUGGCACUGAUCCUUACCUACAGACAAGGUGCUUUUGAUGAUGCGUUGAAACUAUGCAGGCAUGUGCUUGACAUCCAGAACGCGACAUUUGGACCAAGCAGUCUACCUGCUGCUGAUACUCUAAACCAUAUUGCAGACAAUCUAGCAAAACAAGGCCAACUCGAAGAGGCAUCUAGUUGUCUAAAAGAUUCGAUUGAGAUCAAGGCGAACAAUCUGGGCGAGGAACACUCUUUAGUUGCAGUUGGGUUGCAAGUAAUGGCCCGACUUACGAUGGAUCGAGGCAAACUGGAAGAAGCUUUACAGCUGUUUGAUCGAUCGCUAGAAAUCACGAAGAGGACGCUCGGGGAAGAGCAUUCAUCAAUCGCCAAGAUAUACAGAGGUAAAGCGCGUGUACUGCACGACCAAGGCAAACUGGAUGAAGCACUACUUGUUUACAAGAGAUCACUAGAGCUCUUGAAAAAGAACUAUGGAGAAACUCAUUAUCUUGUUCUUGAUACAUAUGCAACGCUGUCAGAUAUUCUUCAUCAGCAAGGAAGAAUAUCAGAAGCUGAGGAGUACAGCAACAAAAAGCGAGAUGCCAAGAGGAAAAAACUGGGUCUGGGUGGAGGUCAGAACAUACUUUUUUCGGCAAUUCAAAGUCGCAAAGGCGGGCACACUGCUUAG